GCCGAACGGAAGUGCUCAGUACGUGUUUCCGGCGAAUCGACCGGUACCGGAUGUUAUGAUUGUGAAGCUGUGAGCAGGUGUAAUGGGAGUUCAUGGACUGUGGAAGCUCUUGGAAAGCACCGGAAAACCCAUCAAUCCGGAAACACUGGAGGGGAAGAUCUUGGCUGUCGACAUCAGUAUCUGGCUGAAUCAGGCGGUGAAAGGCGUUCGGGAUCGAGACGGGAAUGCGGUUCUCAACGCUCAUCUCCUCACGCUCUUCCAUCGGCUCUGCAAGCUGCUGUUCUUCCGCAUCAGACCCGUGUUCGUGUACGAUGGAGACGCGCCGCUGCUCAAGAAACAGACGCUGGCGAUCCGGAGACAACGGAGGGAAGAAAUGAGCCGCGAGUCCAGACAGACCAACGACAAACUCCUUCAGACGUUCCUGAAGAGACAGGCCAUCAAAGCAGCUCUAGGGGAUCGAAGUGAAGAGUCGGUGCCCAGCCUGUCGACUGUGAGGCGCGAUGGUCCGGAUGACAUGUACGUUCUUCCCGCACUUCCUCCCGAUGAGGACCGAGACGAGAGCAGUUCAGAGGAGGAGCGAGAUGGAGACGAAUCUCUGCAGACCUACAGCAGAUUUCAGGAAGAGAUCUAUCACAAUCCGAACUCUGUGGACAUCAACUCUGAGGAGUUUUCCCUCAUGCCGCCGGAGAUCAAACACGAAAUCUUGAAGGAAAUGAAGGAAUUCAACAAGAGGAGACGCACACUUUUCCACAAACCGCCAGAGAGGUCCGGUGAGUUCUCGCAGUAUCAGCUGGCGGGUCUCCUUCAGAGGAACAAACUCAACCAGCGUCUGGAGGGAGUGCAGAAGGAGAUGAACCCCGCGCCGAGCAGCAGCGGCCCUGAGGAGCGAGAGGUCAGAGGUCAACACGUGGAGACGCGCCGGCUCGUGUCCGAGGACUCGUCGCACUACAUACUCAUUAAAGGGUCUCCGAAGAAAGCCAGCGCUCCAGAGAGUCGGCCGGCUCCAGCGCUGUGGUCCACUUCCCCGUGGGAUCGUGAAGCCAGGCCUAAAGGGAAACCCGAGCCCUUGUGGCGACCCGUGAACGAGAUGGACGAGAAGAAGAACCAGCCGUCCUCCUCUUCCUCCUGUGCUAAUGAGGAAGAUCCCCCAGCGUCUCCUCGCACUCUUCAGGCCAUCCAGAACGCCAUGAUGGACAGCAGCUCCGAGGAGGAAGACACGAGACGCAGAACGACCCGAUCCGGGGAUGAAGAGGGACGUGUGUCGCCUCGAACUCUACAGGCCAUCCAGAACGCCAUGAUGGACCCGCCGGCCCACAAACACAAGACGUACGUCAUCGCGAGCAGCUCGGACGACGAGGAUGAGGCACAGAAUCGGGACCGGACACCUCUUAUCCCCAGUUCUGCAGCAGAGACACCAGAGCUGAGAACAGACAGAACGCAAGAAAACAAACCCGAGGAGGAAAGCGGCUCUGAAGAGACACGAGAGCCACGAGACGCCGCAGUCAACCAGCAGUCUGAUCUGAGAACAGACAGAACGCAAGAAAACAAACCCGAGAGAGGAGAAGAUGAGGAGGAGCAAAGCAGCUCUGAAGAGAGCUUCAUCGAGGUGUCUGAUGUGGAGGAGCCGUCUGAAGCAGAGCAGACUCACAGCAGAGUCCAUCACGAGGAGCCCAGAGAGGAAGAGGAGGAGCCCAGAGAGGAAGAGGAGGAGCCCAGAGAGGAAGAGGACACUGAGGGAGUCAACGAGGCCGUGGAUGAAGAUCCUGCUGCCACUGAGUGGGAUCAUAUCGACAUGGAGGAUCUGCUGCAGAUGGACAGAGAGCUGCAGGAUGAGCAGGUGAUCCUGAGAGAGCAGAAACAGCAUCAGGAGCGCAGCAGCUCCAGCGUCACCGGACAGAUGUGCCAAGAGACUCAGGAGCUGUUGCGUUUGUUCGGCGUGCCGUUCGUGGUGGCGCCGAUGGAGGCCGAAGCCCAGUGUGCGGCGCUGGACCGGCUCGACCAAACGCACGGCACCAUCACCGACGACAGCGACAUCUGGCUCUUCGGCGGACGCCACGUCUACAGGAACUUCUUCAGCCAGAACAAAUACGUGGAGCUUUACCAGUCAGCUGACAUGCAGAACCAGCUCGGUCUGGACAGGAGUAAACUGAUAAACCUGGCGUAUCUGCUGGGCAGCGAUUACACCGAGGGGAUCCCGGGAGUCGGCUUCGUCACAGGGAUGGAGAUCCUCAAUGAGUUUCCAGGCGCUGGAUUAGAGCCGCUCCUUCAGCUCAGAGAAUGGUGGGCUGAGGCUCAGGAGAAUAAGAAAAUGGCUGCCAAUCCCAAAGACACAAAAGUCAAGAAGAAACUGAGGAAUCUUCGUCUUCAUCCGGGUUUUCCCAACCCUUCCGUGGCUCAGGCGUACCUGCAUCCCAGCGUCGACCAAUCAGACGCCUCGUUCAGCUGGGGCCGCCCACACCUGGAGCUCAUCAAAGAGUUCUGCCUGAGCCGCUUCGGCUGGACCAGCAGGAGGACCGAAGACACCCUGCAGCCGGUGCUGAAGCAGAUGCAGUCCCAGCAGACGCAGCUGCGCAUCGACUCGUUCUUCCGUCUGGAGCAGCAGGAGAAGCAGGUCAUCCGAAGCCAGCGUCUGCGCAGAGCCGUCACAUGCCUGAAGAGGAAAGAGAGAGACGAGGAAGAGGAAGAGGAGAGAGAGGAGGAGGAAGACGAAGAGAUGGCCGGGAGUUCGUCAGCUGGAGGCUUCAUUGAGUCAGCGGCUCACGAGAUGAAGGGCGGAGUCACGCCGGUGACGUCAUCGAGGGGGGCGGAGUCCGGCAGCUCCAGCUCAGAGGAUGAUGCUGAAGGUGGGAGGGGCGUCGCUAUGGUUACAGCUCGUUCUGCGUUCGAGCGGCAAACGAGAGGAAGAGGGAGACGAGGAGGAAGAGGAAGGAGCAAAAACAGAUCAUGACGACAAACAUUAACAUUCAAAUCAGCGGGAAAAAAAGACAUCUACAUUCUAUUCUAAGAUGAAUUUACUAAAAAAAAGAACAAUAAAAGUCUGAAAAAGCCUAAA